CAUUGCCAAAAUUUCCUCAAUUUGCCGUCACGACAAUAACAAGGGAAAAGAAUCCUUUGACUCUGUCAUUCACUGAAUUUUGCUACGCAGUCGCUCAAGGUUUCAAGUUCAUCCAAUCAUGCCUCACUCAGAGGAGAGUCUAGCCUUCACUGCGCCUCCGGAGGUGCAUUCUUUUGAGGGGCUGCUUUUUGACAUGGACGGAACAAUAAUAGAUUCAACUGCCGCAAUCGUUAAGCAUUGGGAAGAAAUUGGUAGAGAGAUUGGCGUAGAUCCUGCUGUCAUUUUGGCCACGAGUCAUGGCCGACGUUCCAUUGACGUUCUACGGGAAUACGAUUCAUCAAAGGCAAACAUGGAAUACGUCUCACAGAUGGAAGGUCAGAUUCCCGUAAAGUAUGGUCAGGAUGCCGUAGAGAUUCCUGGUUCACGAGCGCUCUUGGAUGACCUGCAAAAAGCCGGCGCAAAAUGGACAAUUGUCACGAGUGGUACCCGUCCACUUGUCACCGGGUGGUUAGACAUCAUGAAGCUUGCACAUCCUGAGAAUCUCGUCACCGCAGAGGAUGUCAAGAAUGGGAAGCCAGACCCCGAAGGAUAUCUUCUUGGAUAUCGGAGGCUGGGCCUGCCAGUCGAGGGAAAGCCCACGGCAAACACUGUGGUAUUUGAAGAUGCGCCGGCAGGAGUACGCGCUGGCAAGGCCGCCGGGUUCAAAGUGGUGGGAUUAGCUACGACUCACGCCGUCCAGCAGCUGAGAGACGCUGGAGCGGAUUGGAUCGUGCGAGACAUGACAAGCGUCAGUCUAAAAAGCGUCGACAAGAAGACUGGCCAGGUGAGUCUAGAGAUCUUCGACGCGUUGGUGUGAGUUGGUAGGAGAAUUAUUCGGCGCACGGGGUGCGAUGUGGUACCUAGCUAGGAAAGGAACAGACGAACAAUAGACACUGGGGGUUGUGUUUGCAUCACGCGGGAGGUGUAGUCUAGCACUCUUGGGGUUUCUAGAAGCGUUGCAUCGCGUUGAGGGCCGCUGGAGAAAUAUCCUGAUGUAGACUCGUUUAGAUUAACCAAUUCAUUGUUUCAUGCCCG